GCUCGUCCUCGUUUAAAACAGUGAGUAGCCCUCAUUGUAAGAACUGCACACAGUGCACUGGCAUGGCCACCUCCAGUCUCAACUCCAUCAGGGUCCGAUUGUACUUUGAUUAUCCUCCUCCUGCAACACCCGAGUGUCGUAUGUGUUGGCUGCUGGUGGACUUAAACAAAUGUCGAGUUGUCGCAGAUCUGUCCAGCAUAGUAAAGGAAAAGUUUGGCUUCAGCCGUAAAACUAUUUUAGAUCUGUUUAUUGAGGAUUGCUACCUGCCUUCCACAGAAAGCAUCUAUAUAGUACGUGACAAUGACAGUAUAAGGGUCAAAGUAUCCAGUCCUGUUUAUGUUAAUGGAACUGAGGCCUGCCAACACUCUGAAACUCACGAUUCAAAGACCAAGAAGAGAGGGAGAGAAGAAGAGACGCAAAUCUGUGUCACACAAGGUCAAAGUAAGAAAACGAAGCAUGAAGAUGCCCAAAUCAAUGGCUCCGCACCAGCAGCGGAAGGCAAAAAGAAGAAGAAGAAGAAACAUAAGAAAAAGGAAGAUAAGCAGUCCGUUAACAAACCUGCAACCCCUCAAAAGACCCAAACAGCCCCUGCUUCUAACACAACCAACAGAAAAACAAGUGGCAAAACAAACGCAAAGCAUCACAAAUUCACAUCAGAUUCUUCAGACAGCAGUGCAGAUGAGUCUCAAAGUAAGGCCCCUCCACCAAAACCUAAACCCAAGCAGUCAAGUUCAAACAAGAGACCUGCUGUAACCGCACGGAAAGAAAGCACAUCAUCAGAUUCAUCCUCUUCUGAUAAUAAGGCUAAACCAACCACCUGCAAAAGCAGUGUUCCUGUGCAGACACCUCCUGCAAUGCCGAAACCAUCCACCUCUACAAACUCUAAAAUUCCACCUAGAACACCUCGACAGAGAGCAAGCUCCACAGAUUCUUCCUCCUCCAUCUCCUCAUCAUCAUCACCCAGCCAAGUCAAACCUUUAGCUAAGAAAUCACAACCAACAACUCAGCUCUCCUCAACCACACAGAGUUGUGCAGCUCAAUCUACCUCUGGCUCCAUCUCUAAAAAGCCCCAGGAUGAGGCAGACAGCUCAGACUCCGGUGGCAGUGAAAUAGAGUUAGUGAUUAAGAAACCGAACUUGCAUGGAAUGGGGUUGAACAUUGCUGGUUUGAGGCCUAGUGAUGGUGAGGCAGCAGGCAGGGCCAGAGGAAACACAAGAGGCCAGGAGAGGGGCAAAGGUCGGGGUGCAAACCGAGGCAGUGGGAGAGGAGGCUUUGGUAGGGCCAAGGGAACACCGUUUAAACAAGACUUUGAUUACAACUAUGAGAAUGACGAGCCGAAACAGAGAGAUGCUCUGACCAAUGAAAGUUUUAUUUUACAGAAUCCACCAGCACCAGCCCCCAGACGAGACUACACCACUUUGCCACUACUGGCAGCUCCCCCUGCGGUUGGCCAAAUGAUUGCCUUUAAGCUUUUGGAGUUGACAGAAAACUACACACCAGAGGUGUCUGAUUAUAAAGAAGGGAAGAUAAUUGCAUUUAAUCCUCAAACAAAGAUGAUGGAGCUAGAACUGCUCUCACAACCUCAAGCCCCAGUUGAACCUGGCAAGUUUGACCUGGUAUAUCAGAACCCUGAUGGAUCUGAGAUAGUGGAAUAUGCUGUCACACAUGGAUCACAGCUGACUGAGCGCUGGGAUUCUCUUCUGGAGCCCCGGCUCAUUGUGGAGAAUGUUGGAUGAGAGUCAGACAAUACAAACAGGCCGAGCCAUGUGGACCAUGACCAUUAUUUUCAUGUUGUUUUCAAAUUUAAAUGGUUAAUUUCCACAAGAUUGUAAUUCUUUUUUUUUUGUUGUUUU